UGUAAUAACAUCCAUUGCUUUGAUGUCCUUUUCUCAAAAAAAAACAAAAAACGAUAAAUCAUAAAUUAACCGAACACGUAAGCAAAAUUUGACCGGCUAUAACCGGUUUACAUCCUUCUUUUGUAUUUGUUACCGUUCUUCUGUUUUUAAAAACCUCUCCAAUAAGCUCUGUUCUAUCUCUCUCUCUCUCUCUCUCUCAAAAUUCUCUCUGUGUUCUUCAUCUCACAUUCCCAUUUUACCCUCACAUCUUCUUCAAAUUCUCCAUCUCCUACCCACUCAAAAGCUUCUCACGGAUGUCUGUAGUCUCUAAGCUUCGCUCUCCUGCUAAACCAAUGGUUGAGUCACGAGCUAUCCUCUGUUCAACCGGGAACAGGUUUAAGGUUACCAAAACAGAGAUUACAAAGAAGCCACAACAAGUCACGAAAUCUCCUGCCACGAAGAAGCCCGAUUCGAAUUUCUCAGCUUCUACUGAUGAUUCUUCUUCUACCACUUCAUCCUCGGAACGUUCGUCGGUGAAGACGUCCAACUCUGGGAAAAUGAUAACUCCCUCGAAACGGAACAACGGAGUAACUACGAAACUCAAUAAUGUCGUCUCCGUCGCCGUCGUUGAGGAUCCAUACCCGAUCUACGUGUUGUUCCACGACGAGGAAUGGGGUGUUCCAGUUCGUGACGACGACAAGAAACUCUUCGAGCUCCUUGUCUUCUCGCAAGCAUUGGCUGAGUUAAGCUGGCCUUCUAUCCUACUCAAAAGAAAUGACUUUAGGAAGCUAUUUGAAGAGUUUGAUCCUUUAGCUAUAUCACAAUUCACAGAGAAGAGGUUGAUGUCUCUCAGAGUGAAUGGGUGUCUAAUUCUUUCCGAACAAAAGCUGCGAGCAAUUGUUGAGAACGCAAAAUCAGUUCUCAAGGUCAAGCAAGAAUUUGGAUCAUUUAGCAACUAUUGUUGGAGAUUUGUGAACCACGAGCCCUUAAGAAAUGGCUAUCGUUAUGGUCGUCAAGUACCUGUUAAGUCCCCAAAGGCAGAGUACAUAAGCAAAGAUAUGAUGCAGAGAGGGUUUCGAUGCGUUGGUCCUACUGUUAUCUAUUCCUUCUUGCAGGCCUCUGGCAUUGUGAAUGAUCAUCUCACAGCUUGUUUCAGAUACCAAGAAUGUAAUGCUGAGGCUGAGAAAGAGCUGAGAGGCCUUGAGAUGGACUCUGAACUGGAUCUGCCUUCUCCAUAACUUGUUUGAUCAGUAACAGAGAUGGGAUUAUUCUUGAGUGACCAGUGUUUGUAUUCAUUAUGGAAUGUAGCAUUGUGUAUUGUGUUUUUCCUCUA